UAAACCUUCAUAAAUUUUUCUUCUCCUGUUCAAUUUCAGAUGGAACAGAAAGCAAAGGAGAUUUGUGGGAUUGUAUAUCCUUGCGCACCCUGCAGGAUUCAACGAAAAAAAUGUGGAGAUAAUUGCCCACUUGCUCCCUAUUUCCCACCAAACGAUCCUCAAAAGUUUUUACUUGUACACAGCUUAUUUGGGACAAGCAAGAUUGUCAAAAUCCUCAAGGAUAUUCCGGUUGAGAAGAGAGAAGAUACUGUAAACAGCUUGGUAUUUGAAGCAAGUGCGAGAAAGUAUGAUCCAAUUUACGGCUCCAGUGGUGCAGUUUGUCGGCUACAGAAGAAAGUAAUAGAGCUGCAAUCACAACUGGAAAACACACAAGCUGAGCUCCUCAAUACCCAGGCUAAUCUUGUGCGUCACAUGAGUGGUAGUGAAGCAGGAACUACACUCGAUUUUACCCAGGACUUAGUACAGCGUAGCGAUGACUUCAUACUUUUGCAGGACGAUCAGGAUCUGUUUUGGUGGGAAGACAUGAUGUCUUUUUAAUAAGAUUGUCUUAAUCUUUCACCAAUCACUUCAGUUAUCUGUACUACUUAAAUAGCCGCCUUCAAGCCAUGAACUCCUCCUACAUUUGCUUUUCUAUA